AUGUUCUUCCAUCGCAUCGCCCUUAAAGGCCUGGCACUGUCACUCGUUCAUAACUCUUUCGUUAAUGCCGUCGUUCUUCCGCGCCAAUCCAAGAAUCCAGCAUCAGAUCUAUUGAGUCUGAUCGGCGCUCUGGACACCAGCGGAGCGGACACGGCUUCUAAUCCGUUUACCCUACCUGGCCCGAAGUUUGUAAUUACCCAGAAGGCUGAUGACCCCGUCAUUCGAGCGGCUGCGAUAGCCACGAAGCAGCUUACUUUUCUCUAUGGGCCGCCCAUUGCAGGUGGCCCCUCGUAUCCAUCCGGCGCGACUGGUCUGUUGCGAACUGCUGCCGACCUUCUUGCUAUCCAGAUGGACAUUCGACCGGAGCUAGCGGGUGCUGUCCUAGACGAUACACAAGCCACGGUCAAUUUGCCUCAAUACGAUGGACUGGACUCUGUCAAAGACUACACAAAGCUGUACCCAAACAACUGGGAGAACACCUUGCCAAGAGGACCUCAUCCUGGAGCUGAAACCAACUUUACUCGAGAUCUCUUCUUCUCCAUGGAGCGGCUAUCGAACAGUCCUUACCAGGUGCGGCGGCUGAACCCCUCGUCGGACACCCUUGCGUUCGAGAUCGAUGACGCCACCGCCAGAAAGACCGCUGGGUCAACUCUGCAAAGUCUGCUUACUGACGGACGCCUCUUCUACGCCGACUACCGCGACCAGAAGAACUUGCCACCAACCACUCAUUACAGUGCCGCAUGCGAUGCAUACUUCUACAUCGACCCUUCUUCCGGCGAUUUCCUGCCUUUGGCGAUCCGCACGAAUGUCGGGUCGAACUUGAUUUACACGCCGCAAGACACCGCGAACGAUUGGCUUCUGGCCAAGAUUAUGCUGAAUGUGAACGACUUUUGGUUUGCGCAGUGGAAUCACCUUGCACAGACGCAUGAGGUGGUUCAGAUUGCUUACAUGGCCGCGGUUCGGACGCUGAGCGAGGAUCAUCCGGUGCUUGCUUUGCUGAAUAGAUUGAUGUUCGAAGUCUUCGCCAUCCAAUCUCUUGCUGCGGGAAGUCUACUCGAUUCGUGA